AUGAGCACGCCGUUCAUCGUGUUUUGCUUGGCCUCGUGUGUGGUAUGCUCAGUCUCACUGAAUCUGCCAACUUACUCUGUGGAAAAGACAAUAAUCACAGCCGAUGAUGGACUUGAAUUACCCGAUCUAAACGAACCGGCACCCGUUCGACUUUCGUUCGAGGAAUCGAGCACUUGCGGUCAAACAAUUAUGCACUGGUCGCAUGCGCCAGGGCCGAGUCAUCUUCCGGGGGCAAAACAUGUGAAACCGGCAAUGGUAUCCAAGAUGCCCUCUCAGGAGGAUACCAUAUCACAUGGCCAACAUCCAUCUGGUGGCCCCCGCAAGCAAAAAACAGUUGAUCUAGACUCUGAUCAAAGUCCAAAGAGGUCCAAGUUCGAGCAAGAUCACAGGAUACAAACCUCAGAAGGGGGGACCAAGCAGCCCAUGGAGAUCGCCUCUUUCCCUGUAGAGAUAUCAGAAAAUGGAAAUAAUUUCAAGGAAGCUGGCCAAGAUAUACCACAUUCCACAAGCUACGAUAGUCGGAGAAAAGUAACAAGUCAAGCCACUCAGCCAGCCUUUAAAGUUUACGAUUGGGAUUUUUUGAGAGCUCGUGGGCUAGAUGACGGAACGAGUAAUGAACCUCAGAAAAUUGAACUGGUCUCGCUUUUUAAAGACUUUCGAUUUGAAGUGACUGGCGGUUUUUAUUGGGUUCACCCAAUGAAGCUUCAGGAAGUCAGGCGGAAUUUCCGUCAAAAUCGCCACAAACUUAACCGAAAUCUCAAAUUGCUCAAUAGCACCAAGAAAGGCGAGCUACUCGGUCAACUUGUCUUGAAGCUAUCAGAUGAGAAACUAGCACUAGAUCAAUAUCCAACUUUCUCCGCAAUCAAGUCUGAGUUCGAAUCUAAACUGGGCGAAAGAACAAACGAGCUUGGAAAGCUAGCCAAUCCUCCCCAAAUCAGCAUCAGGAAAAUCAAAUCGAUACAAAUUUUUGCAAACAACGUUUCCAAAAUAAGCACAUUCUUAGCAAUCUUCCAUCUCUCGUUAUUCAAGCAACACGACGUAAGUGAUGGAGAUCAAUUUCUGCUGAGCCGAAAAACAGUCGAAGAUAUCUUGGUUUUCCUCAGAAAAUUUUGGACAGAACUUGUGUUCGCCGACAACCAGCCAUCUAAACAUGAAUCCGUCACCGAGCUAUCUGAAAUGCUACGAUUUCAACUCCACUCGACUUUUGAUAACUGCGUGAGGUAUGACAAAGCAAUAUGGUAUCGCAGAGCCUGGAGCGUAGUGGACUACUGGGCAGUCCAGCACGGUAAAAGGUCAAUAGCGAAGGAUGGUCAAGACACAUUUCCAGUCGAAUUAGUUAACAAUAUGCUGCUUUAUUCAAAUCCUACCUUCUUCUCUCAACCUUCUAAAAAACCUAGAUCCCCUUGGGUUAGAUAG